CAUCAUUCGACGAGACCUAAGACCACCAGGCGCACAGGGAAGAUCGAGGAGGGAGGCAGAGAAAGGGUCUGAGUGGCGCUCUGAGGGCACUGCCGCGGCAAAUCUGUACCGUUUGCAGCGUAGCCUACAUGGUGUCUCGGUCACCGCACACGGCUUAGGCCGCGCUUGGCAUCGCCAGGUGGGCCAAUUAUCCGUCCCUGGCCCUGAUUGUGCUCUCUUCCCACCGGCUGCCUAAUCUGGCUCUGUCCUCACGACGGCGCACAGAGGUUAGAGGGAGCGAGAAGCGGGUGCGGGUUCGGGUGUGCGCGUGAAGGGGAACCCUUCGAUGCCAUCCCCGUAGUUUCAGCCGAUGCGCCGCCGCUCACUACGUAUCAAAAACAGAACCGGUUGCCUUUCUCUGCGCCCUUUAAACCCCCUGUGGGAGUUUUUUUUUUCUUCUCCCUCCUUCCAUCGAGCGAGAGAGACUCAGAUGUAGUUGCGCUUUUUUCGCCUGACAUGCCCGUCACCGUCAGGCCUUCCGAUCACGGGUCGACAUCCUGGGCAGGCCGUAGAUACAGACACGCAUCCUCGCCCGACAUCCUACUGCACUACACGCUGAUCGAUGAUUCGCGCACCAGCCCGCCCCGCGCCAGGCAGCUGGUCCAGACCUCGUUCACGGGGCUCGGGCGCGCGGACAAUGUGUUCGCGGCCAAGAACGGGUUCGUGCACGCCUGCAUCGACGCCUACAAUGAACACCACUGCCUCGUGAUACGGCCCGAGGACGUCUGGCUCGCCAUCCUGACCCAGCUGAGCGCGUACGUCAACGCGCACUCCGAGGAGCUGCGCAAGCGGCUCUGCGUCCACGACGGCCAGCAGCCCCUACACAUCGAGGUCGAGCUGGACGGCGCCGACCACGGCAAGAUAGCGCUCGACAUGACGAAGCUGAUGCAGGGGCACAUCCGUGACGAGGGCCUGCAGCGGUGGGUCCUGCCGGCCUUCACCACGACGACCAAGGUCGACCAGGCCGUUGCGAGCAUCGUCUUCAUGGGCACGAUGCAGAAGUACUUCACCUACAGCUGGGGGACGCGGUGCGGCAUCCCGGCCGCGACGCUGCUCGGCGAGGAGAGCGACUGGACCGAGAUUCGCGCGCGGGCGGAGCGGUUGGAGGCGUUCGGAGCGGAGCCGGCGCGGUGGCUGCGGGUGCUGCGUCCGGUCCUCGACGGGUUCAUCGCGAGCUUCCGGGACCCGGGGUCGGAGCGGGCGCGGCGGUUCUGGCGGGGGGUGUGCGACGAGCACGUCCCGAACGGCAGCGGCGCGACAACGUACUCGGGCUGGGUCACGGCAUUCUGCUUCUGGGACGAGGGUGGGCGGUGCCUGCACGGGCCGGGUCCGGAGGCGCCACGGCUCGCGCGGAGCCAGCUGCCGAGCGGCUUCGCCAAGGUGCCCGUGACGCUGGUGCGCGACGGCGUGGAGACGACAACCGAGAUGGUGGCCGGGUCUGUCGCGAUCCACGCGUUCCGCGCCGCCGACGCGGACCUGCGCGCGGCCGCCGCCCGCGACGGCAGGCUGCCCAUGCCGCGGGACGUCGGCAACGACACGAUACAGCCAGAACUCGGAUGGUUCAUAUAUAAGACGUGACGCGACUACGAGGGGGAACUUCGCGGUGGCGACGACGAUAAUUGGGGAACCACACCACACCAUCCAUUAUACGUACUAUAAUGGUCGGCCCGAACACUAAGCUCUCGGAACUCGAGCGCGGGCUCACGUCGAACACGAUUGCAUCCGGCCCCCUAUCUCUCGGAUCUACAGACGUGCUUGCUGUGGGGAAAACCCCGCCCAGGAUCG